CUGCAAUAGCUUUCCUUCAGAAUUCUCAAAUAUCGUCAAACAAAUGGAAGUGCGAAGAGCACACAAGCUUGUUGAGAAAUCUCAGGUUGCUUCAGCAUCAUCAGCAACAACCUCGUCGCUUCCCCUCUCUUUCCUUGACUUGCCCUUAGCCGGUCCUAUUUACGUCAAACGCCAAUUUUUCUAUCAUUUUUCCCAUUCCACACAACAUUUCUGUGAAACCACACUCCCCACUCUCAAACACUCUCUCUCUCUUACCCUUCAACAUUUUUUCCCUCUCGCUGGAAAUCUCCUCUGUCCACCACCACCCCACAAACCCUUCAUUCGCUGCACCGAUCAUGACUCUGUCACCUUCACCAUCAUUGAGUCCCAAGCUGAUUUCCAACUUCUCUCAUCCAACCACCCCAAAAGUCUCAAAGACUUGGAUCACUUGGUUCCUACGUUGACAUUCACAAACGUGCAUGAUGAUGACACGUUCACUUUCCCUUUAGUGGCAUUGCAAGUCACAGUUUUCCCCAACCAUGGCCUUUGCAUCGCCAUCACAUAUUGUCAUGUGAUGGAUGGUAAGUGUUGCAGUCAUUUCAUGAAGUGUUGGUCUUCCAUUUGUCGAAGCGGUGGCGUUGACUUGACACUUGUGGAGAAGUCUCCACCGUGCUUUGCUAGGGGAGUGUUGAAGGACCCCAAUGGACUCGAGGCCAUUUUCUUAAGAGACUAUUUUGAAGAGAGGUCAACUUGGAAGGAAAAACUCAUUGGUCAAACUUAUAAAAGUUCCGGUGGUGAUGCUGAUGAGGACUUUGUUAAGGCAACGAUUGUUUUUAGAAGAGAUGACAUCGAGAGGCUGAAAAGAUGGGUGUUGGACCAGUGGAAGGAAAGUGAGGAAUUCAACGUGCCACAAUAUGUAUCAAAAUUUGUGGUGACGUGUGCUUUUGUGUGGGCUUGUUCGGUUAGAACAAGAUGCAGAAAUGAUGAAGAAGAAAAGGAGAAAGAGGAGUAUUUUCGUUUUGCUGCAGAUUGCAGAGAUCGCCUUGAGUAUCCUGUGCCAAAAACAUAUUUUGGAAACUGCUUAACGUUAUGUUAUGCAAUGCUAAAGAGAAAGGAUCUCAAGGGAGAGAGUGGUUUUGUGAAUGCGGUCAAGGCCAUUGAAAAGGCAUUGACUGAUAUGAGAAGUGAACCCUUUAAAGAUGCAGAAAACUGGAGGGCGUCGUUUAAGAAGAUGUUUGUGUUGGGAAGUACAUUGCUAGUUACAGGGUCACCCAACUUCACUGUUUAUGAGACUGAUUUUGGAUUUGGAAGGCCUAACAAAGUGGAAAUGGUGCAUCCCUUUAAGUGCAUGUCUCUAACUGAAAGUGGAGAUGAGGAAGGAGGACUUGAGGUUGGCUUUGUGUGUAGAAGUACCGAAUUUGAAUAUUUCGUUUCUGUCAUCGAACAAGAACUUAAAGCUUCCAAAUCCUAAAUCUCUUUGUGUGAUCUUUAAAUUGAAAUUAAGCAUAGCUCUGUCCAAAUGGUAAAUUUGUGUCAAUAAGUCAUCAUGGUUGAUGUUAACUUCCUUGACUGCAAUAAGGAUAUUUAAUUAGGUUCGUGUUUAGUAACUUGGUAAUUUAUGUCGUAUGAUUUCAAGUGGAUGAAUUUUAAUGUUUUCUGAUAUGAUCAAUAUUAUUAGGUAAGUUAGAUUUCAUAAACGUAGUUUAUUAUAACAUUUUGGUUUAAUCCAAGAAUAUAUC